CACAAGGUGGUGCCAACACCAACAUGAACAGCACCAGCAGCAUUCGAAGCAAGGAACUGACCAAGCUCUUGAGCAGCGGCGUCGGCGGUGGUUCCUUCCAAUCAUAUGAAGGAUACAGCACUGAUGUCAUGCUGGACGAGCUCUGUGGUCCACCCUCUGACGGGAACAAUGGUCCGUCCAGCUUGUCGGACCUACAAGCCACGUUCAAGUCGGCGAUCGAAAAGCUGCUGGCCCAUCGGGACGUCAUUUCUGCCAAACUCGUCGACGUGGACAAGCAAAACAAAAAGAUCGCAGCCAAGUUCAACGACAGUCUUCGGGAGCCCGAGAAGCUUCUGCAUCUGAUCUCGGCGGAAAUGGACGAGCUGGAGGAUCGAUUCACCAAGGUGAGCUCGUCUGCCGUCGUGAUUGGAGAUCGAUUGGCCAUCAUCGACAAGGAGAAGAACCGCGCGCGGGAAACCGACGAGCUGCUCGAAGCCAUCCUGCUGCUAAACGCUCCGUCCACCACCACCGUCAAGUCGUCGACCAACCAAUUGUACACCACAUUGAAAGACCCCCAUAAGAUCCACGAGGCCCUUGGCAUCGUGAGCAAGUUGCGCGAUUUUGCCGACGAGCUCUCAUCUCCAUCCACCGCCGUCGCCGUCCAGGAGAUUCAUCGGCUCAACCAAGCAUUGGAAACCGCCUUGCUCCAAGGGUUUAGCGAUGCCCAAGACCAAGAGCUUCGCGGAGUUGCCAACUCGCAAGACAUGGACGCGAUGAAGCAGAAUGCGGCGUCGCUGCUUGCUCACGGGUGCAAUGACCUCGUUACCGACCGGUUUGUGUGGAACGUCAUCAAGGAAAAACUGACCAAACAUGCGCAGUUCCUCCGCGCGGACGAAAGCGCGGCGGACCUCCCGGCCUCUUCUCAUCCAUCGGAUGACUUGCUUCAAGAUUUGGACUCGCUCACGGCCAAAGUCCGCGCCAUCGUCAAGAGCCAAUUCGCCGUCAUCCACCGCGUAUUUCCUGGUGCGGUGGCGCCGUCGGUCCGGGAGGUGCUCAUCGAGCGCGUGUGCCAUGACCCAGCGUUUGGCCUCCUCUCGCACCUGGAACGGCUGCUGGGAGGGAAUGGGAUGUCGGAUAAGGAGUAUGUGGCGACGCUGAGCGUGGCGUACGAAAAGUGCUGUGGGUUGGUUCAAUCGAUUGGGAGUUUUCCCCUCGACACGCCCGCCGAGUCGGACCGCAUGCGAACGUUCCUGACCGUCCAAUUGCAAGUGCUCUUUGGGGGCCACCGUCAACGAUAUGUGCAAAUCGAGCAGGAUUUGCUCAGCCAAGGGUUUGACAAGACACUGAGUAUGAUCAAGUGGCCCCCGAUUCCGUCCGGAAAGAACAAGUACAAACUCAAGGAACAAGCGGCGAAAGAGACGGCCAAAGGACACCAGAUUACGUCGCCCACCAGUGGGAAUAUUCCCAGUAACACCACCAGCUUGACUUCCCCGGCGUCAACCACCGCGCUCGCGUCCCCGCGCGACGCCCCGACUGCCAACAAACCCGAGCCGCUCAAUCUGUUUUACCAAAUGCUGCUGCCCAUAUCCAUGGACGACACCAUGCCACGCAAGUUUGGCCGCGAUCUCCAAGAAUCGACGGCCAGAUGCGACGUGGUUUUGCGCAACAGCGAGCUGCGGGUCGAGUUGAUGGCGCGACUGUACACGUCGUACUGCCACGCGUUUGGCGACGAGUAUCUGGGGAAAAUGGCCAAUUUAUCCCACGAACUUGUCCAAGAACCGCUGCUGUGCCUCGAGUCGGCAAGCAACUUUUUCGUCGUGUUAAAGAGUUUGAUGGGGCACGUGAACCUCCUCGAUUCGCAGUACAAGGUGGCGGUCGCGCCAUAUUUGGCCCAGGCGGCGCCGACCCAGCAUACCAUUUGCAUGGAAAGCAAACGCAAAACCAUGGAAAAACUCGAGGGGUUGAUCGCAUAUGGCCUUCAAAAGACGUUCCAAGCCGUCGAAAAGUCGCUCGUCGCGUUGUUCACCAACGGCCUGGACAAGGGCGACUUUGUCGGCAACAAGCAGGUCCAGACCCAGUCCAAAGCAUGCACUCAAGUGGUGCAAUACCUGUCCCACAUGUUUAUGCACGCGUGUGCGGCGCUGGACGACGUUGGUGGCGUGUCGAACCGCACGCAAUUUGUUUCAAACGUGUGCGCUACGUUCAAGGACACGUACAUUGCGCACCUGCAAAAGUUCAAAUUCGAUGCCGACGGCGCGUGCCUCCUCUUGACGUACAUUUAUUUGGACAUGAGAUCUCUUUAUUUGAUCGUAUUUAUUAAUCUUGUACACACUAUACUAUACAAAGAUUCGUAUAUAUGUGGUUUUGCCCAAUGAGGAAGGGUCAAACGUUUGGAUUGGCUGAAUAUAUUCGACACGACGUGGUUUGAUUGGCUUAGGCGGUUCUUUUAUUAUCGAUUCUCCAAAGAUAUUCUACCGAGGGCUCCAGUGUUGAAUCGAUUUGACAAUACUUGAUGGCCUCGUAUACGAUGCCACGUCAUACAUCUAGACUCUUGUAGGGACCUCGCCAUGUACCGCCAAGCAUUCCGCGUGUGCCGCCAUCCGUCCAUCGACGACCACUUCGACCUGCUACAUGCCAUCGCCAACAUCUACGCCCUGCCUCGCGACAGCCUCGUGAGCUACGUGACCGAAGGCCUCCAAACUACGCUCGGCAAGGCCACGCUGCACGCGCUCAUUCGACGCCGAUGGGAUUAUAACCUCAACGGCGACAAAAUUCCCAUCUAAUCGAUAUAUAUAUAUUGUGAAUUUGCCACA